AUGGCUCGUUACCUCAGUGUUGCCGCAGCUUUGGCUGCCACCGGCGCCUGUGCCUUGACACCUGAAGGUCUUCUCAGCACCGUCCGACGUGGCGCUGCCGACCCAAGUCCUGAUGGCUCCGUCGCCCUGUUCUCGUACUCGCAAUACUCCUUCGAGGAGCAUGCAAGCGCGGGCUCUGGCAUGAACCUCAUCGACCUCAAGACUGGUGAGAUCACCGAGUCUGGUCUCAACGCCAGCGAGAUCAACGAAGUCGCCUGGAUUCCCGGCAGCAAGACUGGCAUCAUCUACAUCAAUGGCACCAACGAGGAGAUUCCCGGUGGUGUCACCCUGUGGAUUGGUGACAUCAAGAGCCCCAACAUGAGCACCAUGGUCGCUUCUCUGGAUGCGCCAUACAACGGUCUCAAGGUCGCAAACACCUCGACCGGAGACAUGCACUUCUUGGUCAACUGCAUGGCUUACCCCAAUGGUACAGCUGUCAACCCCGAGACCGAAGUCACCCCAGUGACUACUGCCCGCUACUAUUCGGACAACUACGUCCGUCACUGGGACACCUGGCUGACCAAGAACCGCUAUAACCUCUUCGCCGGAACUCUUUCGGCCAAUGCCAGCUACGCACUGUCCGGUGCUGGAAUGAGGAACGUCCAGAAGGGCAUCAACUUCACCACCACUCAGCCCGAGACUCCCAUCCAGCCCUUCGGUGACUCUAGCGACUACGACAUCAGCCCUGAUGGCUCAUUGUACGCUUUCGUGAGCAAGGCCCCUCAGCUGAACAAGGCCAACUAUACCGCAUCAUACACCUACGUUGGUGCUUUCGCGUCUUCUGACGCCCCUGUCGCCUUCAACGGCCCCGACUCCGAGGCAUACAAGGCUGGCCACCAGGGUGCUUCUGGUUUACCUUCCUUCUCCACCGACAGCAGCAAGCUCGCCUACGUCCAACAGGAUGAGGACUACUACGAGUCGGACAGGUGGAUUCUGUACACCGUCGACGUCGCCGCCGAGGGUACUGGUGUCGCCGUCACCAAUUGGAAGUCUCUGAGUGCUGGCUUCGACCGCUGGGUUCAGGGACCCAUCACCUGGGCUCACGACGACUCGUCCAUCUACGUCACUGCCGAUGACUACGCUCGCGUCAAGAUCUUUAACUUCCCCGUCACCGCUGACGAGAGCUUCGUCCCAGAGCCCAUGACCUCGAACACUUCCGUCUCGACUUUCGCGCUCCUUCCCGACGGUUCGUUGUUCGUUGCCGCUACUGCCAUCUGGACUCCCAGCGAGUGGUACAUCCUUGCCGAUGGAAAGAAGAACACCCUCUUCGACGCGUCCCAGGUCGACGCCAACCUCGCUGGCCUCGGAUCGCACACCGUUUCCGAGAUCUUCUUCAACGGCUCCAACCCCGAGCUAAAGCAGCAGCUCCACGCCUACGUCGUCAAGCCCACCUUCUAUCAGGAGAAUGUGACCUACCCGCUCGCCUUCUACAUCCACGGUGGUCCUCAGGGUAACUGGGGCAACAGCUGGUCCAACCGCUGGAACCCUCAGGUCUGGGCUGACCAGGGCUACAUCAUUGUCGCCCCCAACCCAACUGGAUCUACCGGUUUCGGACAGUUCCUCACCGACUCUAUCCAGGGUCAAUGGGGUAACUGGCCAUACCACGACCUGGUCAACGCCUGGAACUACGUCAACACCAGCAUGCCAUGGGUCGACACCAAGAACGGUAUCGCCGCUGGUGCUUCUUACGGUGGUUACAUGACCAACUGGAUCCAGGCCAACGACCUCGGCAACGAGUUCAAGUGCCUCGUAACCCACGACGGUAUCUCCAACACCGAGGGUGCAUGGGCCUCUGAGGAACUUUGGUUCAUCCGUCACGACUACAACGGCAGCAUCUGGGACUCUGGCGCGUACCGCGAGUGGAACCCCCAAAACCACAUUGCUAACUGGUCUACUCCCCAGUUCGUCAUCCACAACACCAAGGACUACCGUCUGCCCGAGAGCGACGGUCUCAGCUUGUUCAACAUCCUCCAGGCUCGCGGUAUCCCAUCUAGGUUCCUCAACUUCCCCGACGAGAACCACUGGGUGCUUAAGCAAGAGAACAGCUUGUUCUGGCACACCGAGAUCUUCAACUGGAUUAACCACUGGUCGAAGGGUGAGCCUUUGGACGACCUGCCCAUUGGUAACUAA